AUGGCGAAGCGUUUGGUUCCACUGUUGAAUCGUGUUCUUGUUGAGAGAAUUGUCCCUCCAUCCAAAACCACAACCGGAAUCUUACUCCCUGAGAAGUCCGCCAAGCUGAACUCUGGAAAAGUCAUUGCCGUGGGUCCUGGGACUCGUGAUAAGGAGGGCAGCUUUAUCCCUGCCACUGUGAAAGAAGGAGACACUGUUCUGUUACCAGAGUAUGGAGGAACUGAAGUGAAGCUUGGUGAUAAAGAGUACCACCUAUAUCGAGAUGAGGACAUAUUGGGAACACUGCACGACUGA